AACGGCUGCAUUUGCAGAUGUUAGUAGUGACAAAAUGUUUCUAAAUCGAAUUGUGGUUGUGGCUGCUAAACGAUAUAUGAGCGAAGCAAACGCAACAAUAUUUGCUUUGAGCUCGGCUUAUGGUAAAUGUGGUGUUUCAGUGAUACGAGUUUCGGGACCGCACACUAGAGAAGCACUUCGUGCUAUCGUUGGCAAUAAAAAUGAUUUCAAAGCUCGCGUCGCUUACUUGCGUGCUUUAUAUAGGCCGGAAACAACAGAAAUGAUAGACAAAGGUCUAGUUCUAUGGUUUCCAGGCCCAUCGUCGUACACUGGCGAAGACUGUUGCGAAUUUCAGGUACACGGAUCUACGGCCGUCAUUGCAGCUUUGUUAGAAAAUUUGGGAAAGCUGCCCGGCCUGAGACCCGCUGUACCAGGAGAAUUUACAAGGCGAGCAUUUAUCAAUAAUAAAUUAGAUUUGACAGAAGUAGAUGGAUUAGCGGACUUAAUACAUGCCGAAACCGAAGCGCAAAGAAAACAAGCUCUAUUGCAAAGCAGUGGCUCCCUUUCAAGGUUGUAUGGCAAUUGGCGGAAAGUUUUAAUACGAUGUGCUGCACAUUUGGAGGCAUACAUAGACUUUGCCGAAGACGAAAACAUUGAAGAUGAUGUAAUAACUAAUCUUACUAAUGAUUUGAAGGCUGUACGUGAGCAAAUUAGCGAUCAUGUAAACGAUCAACGUCGAGGUGAAAUUUUACGCGAUGGAGUACGUACAGUAAUUGCGGGAGCCCCAAAUGUGGGAAAAAGUAGUUUUCUGAACCUGGUGUGUCAACGCGAAGUUUCCAUAGUAACCGAGAUCGCCGGUACUACGCGAGAUAUAAUUGAGUUAACUCAUAAUUUUGGUGGUUAUCCAGUACGAUUUACCGACACUGCCGGUCUACGGCUUACAACACAGGAUCAAGUUGAGCUAGAGGGUAUUAAACGAGCCAAAAAGUGUAUACAACAAGCCGAUCUUAUACUUUUUCUAUUAGAUGCAUGGGAACUAAAUAAGUAUCAAGUACAUACCAAACAAAUACUGGAUGAUUACCUUAAAAAGCAUUAUCAAAACUUAGAUUUACAUGAAAGUAUGCUUUUAGCACCAAGGCGUGUACAAUUUAUAGCUAAUAAAGCAGAUCUACUCAAUCCUGAAGAGCUACAAAUUAUGAAAAAAAUUCCGGAAUUGAUAUGCAUUUCCUGUAAAGGAAACGGAGAAGUUAAGGAAUUUCUAAAUGCAUUUGAAAAUCUGCUCAAGGAACUAUGCGGUACUCCUUUAGCUGAAGCUCCUCGUCUCAGCCAUGUCCGUUACCGCCAACUUUUGGAACAAUGCGUUCAGCAUAUGACGCUUUUUCUAACCAAUUAUUCGCCAGAAAUCUAUAAGGACAUGGCGAUAUCCGCACAAAAAUUGCGCCAAGCUAUCAGAUGUAUAGAGAUAAUCAUCGGUCAUGUUAGCACUGAUAAUAUUCUUGAUGUUGUUUUUAAAGAUUUUUGUAUUGGCAAAUAGCCGGAUAAAACAACAACUCGUUUCUUUAGUUACGAUCGUUGUUGCGGGAAUUCUUACAACCGAUUAAUGCGAAGUUGUCGACAAUGUUGCAGCAGGUAGUCCAGAGAUCGAAUUACAGUUUUCAAUGAAAAUGGAAUUAAGAAUCCAUUGGCACAAAAUUAUAUAAAUAAGAUUCGAAAUUUAGCAUAACGAAAUUGAAUAUUAAGAAGCUAAGGCGAUUAAAUGAAAUUGCUUGUAAUAGUUAUGUAAUAAAAUGU